CAAUCACAGAAGCACUUUAAAUUUUACAACUUGUCCGUAUAAUAUUUAUCACAGUCUAUUAUAAAUUGAAAUUUAUUUUCAAUUCUGAUUUUAAUCAACCGCGAAGAGUAAACUCCAUCACUGAUUGUAGCGAUUCCUGCGAUUGUGUAAAGUGAUUGUUAAGAAUCUAUUUACUUUCACCUUUUUUUUGUCAAUAUAAUUAAGUGGAUGUAUUCUAACUUAGAUUUUUGUUAAUAUUGUAACUAUGUACGUGACGAAAGUGCUAUAUUUUUAGUACCUAAAAAUUUCUUGUAAAGCAGCAAUCAGUUUGUGUUAUUAUUUUCUUGAACAACAAAAUUAUUAUCGAUCAAGAUUCUGAUAAGAAUGGAGGUCUCGUGAGUUAUUAUUGGGAAAUACAUUCAAACGGUUGUGAAGAAUAUGUCGCUUAGAAAGUAUUGCUUUGGCAGCUAAUAUUCAAGUUACCACGAUGCACAUGUGGAUGUGGUCCGGGUACAACCUGGGCGAGUUCCUGUUCUCCGGUCUCGUCAUUGACACGCGAUGGGCCUUCGGUCUCACGUGGAUCGUGUUAUUUUUCAUCGCCGUCCUGUUUGAAGGAUCUAAGGUGUAUCUAGCAAAAGUGCAGCGUGAAGCGUAUAAGAAACUUUAUCCAUACAGAUCCGACGAGAGGCGGAACUUAUUAUAUGACAGGGAGCAGGGCAACCCCAUUGAGCCGACCACGAGCCGCAACGCCAGCACCGGCCAGGUCAGCCGCUGGGCCUCGUUCCGGGUCAGGACCCUGGUGAACUCCCACCAGUCCCUGGUAUUCGUGGUGCACAAUCUAGUGGGCUACCUACUGAUGCUGGCGGUGAUGGUGUACAACAUUCACCUGCUGCUUGCGGUCGUCUUCGGAAUGAUGCUCGGUUACUUCCUAUUCGGCACUAAACUGACGCGGCUGCAGAUGCAGUGCUUCAGCACCAAACGGGUCGUCAUAUGUACACCGGAAUGCGACGACACCGCCGAAAACACGACGCCACCGCACCUUGACUCUAGUUCCGAGUCGGACCUCUUCAUAUGCCAGACUCGCACGUGCAUCCAGCCAUCUCACUAUUUUCCCACCAACUCGCAGGGUUCAAGUGAUCAGCCGACAUGCCACUACGGUUCUAAAAGUUGUCCUUCCAAAGUUGCCAGAGCGAAAAAAAUGCAGCCCAAGCCCGGAACUUCUCACUGUCAUCACUCGGAGAGUGAAAAAGAAGAUAGUCCUAGUGUAGAAGAUGUUCAACUACUAAGAACGGAACGCCAGGGUUGCUGCAAGAAGAAACAAGAACCACCGCCCGAGGAAACGUGCUGCAAGUCUAGUCAUAGCCAGGAAAUUGUUGUGGUCCAUGAGCCCGCCAAAGACUGUUGUACUGAGGAAGAAACGAGAGUACAAGAAAGAGAGGACAGCCCUCAAAUCACAUGUUUCCACAAUAGUAGAACCCCGUCCGAAAGUCAGGAACAAAUAAUGUAGUAGUGUAGUACUAUAUAAACUAUCACACUCGCUCACAAAGUAGGUAGUUAUAAAUAUUACGUAGUAAUAUAUUUUGAUUACAUAUCAUUAGAAUUUUUAAUAUUGUUAUCUAAACGAAUUUAUUUUUAAUAACCUCGGGUUCAUAAUUAGAUGCUAUGUAUUAGAUAUUAUACUGCCAUAAUAUUUUUUUUUUUUGACAGCGGCGCGUUCCUAUUUUAAAUCGGAAGACUCUACAUGCGUUUCUUCAUUUACUCUUAAAAAUACUUAUAUGCGCGUCACGGAGUCUUGAUUAAAAAUUAAAAAGUAUUUUGGUAAGGCCUUUACCACGCAUUGAAAAUUGGAAAAAUAAACAUCUAGUCGAAACAUGUCAAAAUUUAUUGUCUAUGGUUAGAAAUAAAGGCUUAAUUUAUAUGACAAUAUGACGAAGGCGGUGGGAUGCUUGCCUCGGUUUUAUGUAAGAGCCCUUGAGAUUAUUUAUGGGUACUCUAGUAGUAGUGCUGCAAAUUUUGUAUUUUGCACUAAUUUUUGAACCUGUUAACAGACAUUCUGACGAGAUUGCAUCGCAUGUACCUAUAUAGUAAUUUAGUAAUAAUUUUCUUUGUAAAGCAUUAUAUCUUUAUACGUAUUCCUGUGAUGAAUUGUUUUGCUAUUAAUGUAGUUAUUAUACAAGCAUUCAGCUAUAAAAUGGCAGCGCUAUAUUCCGCCCGAUUAGAACGUGCCUUUCCUUGUUGUCUUGCCAAGUGCCAAAAAUUUUAAAUUAGUUGUAAAAUUUCUUUUUGUAUAUUCUGUACGUAUAUUUGUUGCAAUAAAAAAUGACAAUAA